AUGCCCAUGACUACUUCAUCUACUUCAACUACUUCAACAGUUUUAUCUUCACUUAGUACAAAGGCAAACCUCAAAACUAGCAGUAGCAGCCCUACCAUUAUGACAAAGAAGAAUAUUGAUAUCAAGGACAAUAACAAUAAUGAUAUUAAUCAUAAACGUCGACUUUCUUCUUCAGUUCCUUCUGUCAAUGGACUCCCUGCGAAAAAGGUCAAACCUGUCAAGUGUAUCACUCAUUCUGAACGUAUGGUCAAGGCAACCCGGUCAAAGUAUCGUCCUUUUUUUACACAUAUUCAGGAUGACACUGAUGAUUCUCCAAGAUCUUCUCCAUUGAAUGACGAUUAUGUUUUAAGUCUGGAAUAUCCUGGUAUUGGUGAAUAUGAAAACUUUUUAUUACUCAAACCAGUGAAAUUAAAUGCUCGGCAAGAUGAUGUAGAAGAAGACAAUGAUGAAUACCAUCCUGUAAACGAUAUUUAUCAAACAGCAUUUUGGAUUUACGAUUGCUAUCUUACACCACUUCAACAAGAACGAUUAGGUGAUGCAUCUCACGGGAUCAUGCGAAAUUUGACAAAAUAUCGAAAUAGAAGAAAUGGUCCAGGAUUUGCCAAUGCUGUAAAUGACUUUAACAAAAUCAUCAAAGAACUCAAAACUUCAGGAGAAAUCGCUAAAAAUGCCAAACAAUUACGACAUCCUUCUUAUGAUUUGACUUGUCAUAUUCUUUAUCAAGUAUAUUCUCGAACAGUAGCUCAUCAAGCAGAUGCUCUCAACAAUUAUCAAGCAUUCUCAAAUUAUGUUUAUGGAGAAAUCAAUGCAUCAUUGGUCAAUGAAUUUAUUACCAAAACCAACAUUACAUCGAAAAGUGUAUUUAUGGAUCUUGGAUGUGGCAUUGGGAACGUUGUUUUACAAGUGGCUGCUCAAACAGGUUGCGAAUCAUAUGGAAUCGAAAUCAUGGAAACCCCUUGUAAAUAUGCUAAACGACAAUUAAAGGAAUACGCCACUAGAAUGAAAGCAUGGUGUUUACCGACUGGCAAGGUGCAUUUUCGACAUGGUGACUUUUUGGAUACAGCUGCCAAUGACAUGUACACAACAUUGAAAAGGGCAGAUGUAUUAUUGGUGAACAAUUAUGCUUUUGAUGCAAAAACGAAUCAUUCUUUAGCCCAAAUGUUUUUAGAUUUGAAAGAAGGAACCAAGAUCAUUUCACUCAAAUCAUUCGUACCAAAACAUCACAAAAUCAAUCAACGUACAUUGGAUAUGCCUGAAUCGAUAUUGAAGGUGGAAGAAUUUGAAUAUUAUUCGGAAGCAGUAUCUUGGACCAACAACUCUGGGAUGUAUUAUUUAGCCACUGUUGAUCGAAGUCGAUUGAAACCAUAUUAUGAUGCCUUAUAUGCCAAUUAG